AUGGUUUUCAACCUUCGAUGGGGCAUUCUUGCCACCGGCGGCAUUGCAGAAACCUUCGUGGAGGACUUGUUGCGGGAUCCGACUGGAAGAGGAGUUGCAGACGUCACGCACACCGUAGCCGCUGUGGCAUCAUCUUCAUCCAAGUCUUCAGCCGAUUCAUUCGUCCAGAGGCUCCAGAUUCCCCAGCCAUGCGCGACAUACGGAUCUUAUGCAGAGGCCGUCAACGAUGCCAGCGUCCAAGUAAUUUAUAUUGCUACCCCACACUCACACCACUUUCAACAUGCGAUGCUGGCACUGGAAGCCGGUAAACAUGUCCUAUGUGAGAAGGCCUUUACCGUUAACGCAGCUCAAGCUAAGAUCCUGUGUGAAACUGCAAUGAAGAAGGGACUUUUCCUGAUGGAAGCUGUGUGGACUCGGUACUUUCCGCUGAGUAUUGAAGUGCGACGUCUUGUGCAAACCGGAGCAAUUGGUGAGGUCCUGCGUGUGGUCUCCGAUUUGAGCAUUGGAGAUGAGCCUGAGACUACCUGGAAUUCCGACCAUCGGAUGAUAAACAAGGACCUGGCUGGCGGCGCGCUCCUUGACUUGGGGGUUUAUGCUCUUACUUGGGUCUUCCAAAUUCUUUAUCACACCCUACCUCGAUCUCAGCGCAAAGCACCAUCACAGGUUACCUCUCACAUGUCGAAGUACCCUGGAACCGGAGCAGACGAAGAGACGACCAUGAUCGUAACAUUUCCUACUACGACGCCGAGCGCCCUUCCUGGCCGAACAUCACACGCUGUAGCAAUGACGGCCUUCCGCGUUGCUACGGAUCCAGACAAUCGCGGCUCUGCUGGCCCCUCCAUCCAAAUCCACGGCACUAAGGGGCACAUCCAGAUUUUUGGACCUGCCUAUCGCCCGGAGCGAUACCGUCUAGUACCAAGCAGUGAGGCAGGAGACGCGACUACUAUCCAAGAUGUUCAUAUGCCUGUCCCUGGCGGGGCGCGCGGUAUGUUCUGGGAAGCUGAUGAAGUUGCUCGCUGUGUGCGCGAUGGAAAGCUUGAGAGCGAGAGUCUGCCUUGGGAUGAGAGCAUCACGAUUAUGGAAGUCAUGGAUAAAGUCCGGCAGCAGGGGGGCUAA